GGGCACAGGUGGGUGGCACUGGUGGGCACAGGGUGGCACUGCUGGGCACAUGUAGGUGGCACUUCUGGGCACAGGUGGGUGCACUGCUGGGCACAGGUGGGUGCACUGCUGGGCACAGGUGGGUGCACUGCUGGGCACGGGUGGGCGGAGCUAGUGGGCGCACUGCUGGGCGGAACUUGCGGGUGGCACUGCUGGGCACCGAUCAUCAGGGCACUGAUCAUCAGUGCCCUGAUGAUCGGUGCCGAUCCCCGCUCUGACAACUGCCGGUUCUCGGCAGUACUUUCCUCACGAUCUGACAGUGUGAGGAAAGUGCAGCCGAGAACCGGCACUUCC